CAAACUCUGUAUUAUUAAAUAAUAGUGUUUUCAAGUGAUUACAGGUUUGCAUGAAUUCAGUGAUUCAUUGAUUCACACAAUAAAUGCAUUCAAUUGUUUAGACAAAAGUUUGUUCACUAUUUCACACAAACUGUUUGUUUAGUCUUAAUGACAGAUAAACUGAUCCAUUGAUGACAUCAAAACAACAUUACAUUUAACCACUUCUUGCAUAUUAUAAGAGGUAAAGUAAUAAAAUGUUGGAACAAUUGAAAGACAAACUACAAACCGUUCAAAACGACUUGUCUUCGAGCAUCAAAAGUCUGGCCACACCUAUCAGUCCCGAGGCUAAGCAAGAGGUCAGAACUAAAUUGGGUUUUCAUAGAAAUGCUCACAAAUUCAAAGUCAAUUUGAAUGCCGGCGCAGAUCUUCUCCAUAGAUAUCAGACUCAAUGGCAAGAAGUGCAUGAAAUUAACGAAAGAAAUGCCAAAUUGGCUGAUGAGGUAUACAAAGCCAUUGAUUUGGUUGACUCACAAACUAAAAGAGAGAAAAAUGUUAUAAAUGAGUUUAUUUCUCAAUUGACUUCUUUGCCACAAUUAAUUGAAUCCAUGGAAGCUAUUGAAAAGGAUUUAAUUAAAACAAAAAAUGAUUUUAUAAAAGUGGAACAAUUAUUAACAAAAUUGCAAGACAUGAAAGAGAUUGAAGAAAUUGAUAAAAUUAAAAUUGAUCACAAAUUUAAAUUAGAGGCUUAUAAGGACCAGAAUAUUGCAAAUUUAGAUGCGAUUAGAGUUAAGUUUGCGGUCCAAUACACACAACGGGUUCAUGAAUUUGAAAGACAACAACAAUCAGUUCUUAAGGAAAGACAACAAGCAUUUCAAAAAGCAUUUGAAGAAGAGCUUCAUCUCUACAAAACUCAGGGAAAGAUUGAGCCAAAAGUUACUAAUAAUAGUGAUAUCAAUAAUGUUUGUAUUGAAGACAUUGACAUUGAAACCGAAAAGUCUGAUAACGACGCUCUCGAAGAGUUUCUUCAGGAAUAA